CUCACCAAAGUCCACAUAAACCACCUCAUCAUCUCAAGCUCCAAAUCUUCAUCAAUCAUGAGGACAUGCACCUUCCUCGUUGUUGUUGUCGCGAUGAUCUACGCCAUCGCUACACCCGCCACGGGCUGCGGUGAGUCAUAUGGGACGGUAUCGAUAGAAGGUGGAUGGGAACUUAUCCCGAACGUCAACGACCAACAUAUUCAGGAUCUCGGCAGGUGGGCAGUUUUGGAGUUCCUCAAGCACGCAAACUGUAUGCUCAAGUUUAACAAGGUGGUGAGCGGCAAGGAGCAGGUCGUGUCCGGCAUGAAGUAUGAGCUUAUCAUCGACGCGUCGGACGCUAGUGGGAAACUUGGUACGUACAAGGCCGAGGUGUACGAGCAGGAGCGGACCAAGACACGCAAGCUCGUAUCCUUCAGCAAGGCCAACUAGAGAGAGUGGCGGUGGUUUUGGCUAGUAAUAAUACAUGUGUUUUGAGAUCAUGUUAGUUGUUCUAGUAUAUCUAAUAAGUGUAAA